UGAUUACAAGCUUAGUACGCUUAAUUUAGUAAAGGAAUGUUUUUAGUGAUGGUUUGUCCAGUUUUAAUGUACUAGUCUAUCUCUUUUGCAUGUCAGGUCAUGUCUUUCAUUAUAAUCCUUUUUUUUAUAAUAAAUAGCUUCCGCGGACGAUAACAAAUUGUUCAAUUCACUCUGUGACAUCCCUUACGCUGAAAGGUUUUCAACUGCAUUACCUGAAGAUACAAUUAUGCAAUGCGUGCCUACUUUUACCCCAGUCUUCAGCGGAUUUUCUCAAGUAAACUCCAGUCCCUCUCUUGAUGACGCCGCGCGUACAGAUUGGCACUACAAACUUUUCGCGCCAUUUUCGACGACACGAAAAAAAAUGGCUGCCACCGUUCGAGGAAAGAUAGUUUCUACGUUCAAAUUACACGGCCUCUCGCUCAAGACAGACGCAUCAAAAUUCCUCACAGAGGUUUUGAGUCCCUUGACUGAAGUUGAGCUGGAAGAUUGGCUCGAUAAAAUAGUAGAAGGCGUCCAAAAGCAGCCAUUGACUUCUUCACUCGUCGACCGUGAAAUCGCCGAGCAAGCUGUUCAAGACUGCAGCCAGUCUUCUGAAGACGACAACGACAAAGCUUUCACCAUCAUCGAUGCUUUCAGUGUGCCAAGGUUCACGUUUAAUCCGGACAGGAAAAAGUUUCUCCCGAGCGGUGGCUCCGUGUCGCUGCACGCCAAUAAUCCGAAUGCCAAAUCGGAGGUGUUUAGAGAAAGGUACAACAUCCUUCAUCAGAGGACCAUGAGACACGAGUUGUUUUCGCCCGUGGUAGAAGGAGCUAACCAAAGUCAAGUGGCCGAGAAAUUUGCUCUCAAGACAGUGGAGUUCUUGCUGGGGAGCACUGCUAACUUGGGGCAACUUAUCGUACUGGGCAUGAUGACACAGAUUAAGGAGGGGAAAUACUACCUGGAGGACCCUACUGGUGUUGUAGAACUUGACUUGAGACAGGCUAAUUUUCACACAGGCCUCUACACAGAAAACUGCUUUGUGCUUGCAGAAGGGACCUAUGAAGAGGGCGUGUUUCGCAUCAAGGCUUUGGGUUUUCCCCCAGCAGAACCUGGUCAGGUGACCAGGAAUCACUUCGGCAGUGUCAACUUUUUUGGCGGUCCUUCCUCCACCAGCCUGAAGGCUUCAGUAAAGCUUAAAGCCGUGGAGAGAGAAAAUCACAAUGCCAUGUUUGUGAUGUUGUCAGAUGUUUGGUUAGACCAGCCCAGGGUCAUGGAGAAGCUGCGUGCGCUGUUCUCAGGUUACUCUACAAUGCCCCCAGCCAUGUUCAUUCUGUGUGGUAACUUCACCUCUGAACCACAUGGCCCCAGUCACUAUCACACUCUAAAAAGGUCAUUCCAAGGUUUUGCCAAACUGGUGGCAGAGUUUCCACCAUUAAUAGAAAACAGUCGCUUUGUGUUCGUGCCUGGACCACAAGACCCAGGACCUGGUAACAUUCUUCCAAGACCACCAAUUCCUUCUAUAUUCACUUCAGCAGUCACUGAAAAGGUCCCUCUCAGUGUAUUUACGACCAACCCAUGCAGGAUUCAGUACUGCACACAGGAGAUCAUUGUAUUUCGAGAAGACCUUGUGAACAAGAUGUGUCGUAACUCAAUUAAUUUACCCACAGAAUUGAAAGACAUCCCUGUGCAGUUAGUGAAGACAAUCUUAGCACAAGCACACAUUUGCCCCAUCCCACCCCAUGUAAGGCCUAUUUACUGGACUCAGGACCACUCCCUCAGGGUGUAUCCAGUUCCAGAUCUCAUGAUUUUGGCCGACAAGUAUGAUCCUUAUACCUGCUCUAGUUUAGAAUGCACUUGUACAAAUCCCAGUUCCUUUGCUAGAAAUGAGUUUGCAUUCAAAGUGUACUGGCCUUCAACCAGAGAGCUUGAGGACUGCAAAAUUACUGACUAGUAUUCUGUAUAAACGCUUCAUUCUGGAAAACUCAGUGGAUUUAAGGAAACUUAAACCAUGAUUGUAAAAAUAUGUAAAUAAGGAACUCAAGGCUUUUGAUAAGAGAAGUUUCAAUAUAUUUCCCUUAUCGGCACCAAGUUGUAGGUCUUUCCUGUUGAAGUAUAGUUAAUGUUAAAGAACUGAGAUCAGGGAGAAAGUACUCACAAAGAAUUGCUGAGAAACCAAAGGAUUAUUAAGUAAUAAUAAUCAAAGCUGCUGUUGUUGAAACAAGACUCAAAGUUAAUCAGCAGAGUUGUUACCAAGCCAACAAGCAUCUUGGACAGAAUGAAACAUUGAGGAUUCAUAAACAAAUGAAAGUUAGACUGGUUAUGUGUUCAAGUACAACUAGUCAUGAUGUUUAGGAACUAAAUGAGACAAAAUGUAUAUAUGCAACCAGCUAGUUGAUAACUGAGUCCUGUUAAGUUGGCAGGCAACAAGAAUUGCAUGUAAGAAUUGCAUGUGUUUGAGUGAAUAUGAAAUUGUAGUGUUUGAUUUUUGAAGAAAA